AUAUUGUUUUCCAAUAUUCACUGUCAACCUUUUCAUUCCUCAGUAAUCAUUCACGUCAUACGAUGCUUUACAAAACCAUAGCCUUCUCAUAUAGCCUUUUGUUUGCACUUGCUCAAGCUCAAGAGAUUGAUACAACUGAGGCAGCCAAACCUUUUGUCAUUGGAACAACUCUUGAUGCAGUCCAGGCAGAUGAUAUCUUUGGGUUUUCUAUUCCAUCGUUCACUAUUCCAUCAUAUACCAUUCCAACUUUAGAUGUCACAUCAAUCAAUAGUGUAGCUUCAAGUUAUAUCAUGUCAUGGGAAAGUGCCAAGAGUGAGUUUGAGCAAUCUGUUAAGACCGUUAUCGAGAGCGCAAUUAGUUCCGUUGAGAGUUACACCGACAAUGAUUCUCUCCAGGAUUCGAUAAAAAGCGUAACACAUCAGGUUAUUGAAUCUAUUGAAAGUGUAAAGAGUGAGUACGAACAGUCAAUUGCAAGUGUCACAAAGGCAGCUAUUGAAUCUUUGAACUCUGAACAAACUUCCAUCGAUUCGCAGGCAUCGUCUGCCUUGUCACACAUCAGUGUAAGUGCGUCUGCUUCCGCCUCAACCAUCAGUACUGGUACGUCUUCCACCCUCUUGUCAUCAACUUUGUCUUCAAAGUCAUCAAUGAGCUCCUCUGUUGCGUCGGAAAGCUCAACCUCAUCAACUGCAAAUGGUGCGGAUAGUGUUUCACAACAAAAUACAAUUCUUCCAGUUGUUCUAUGUCUGGUUUCCUCAUUGCUGGCGUUUCUUUGAUAACAUGGUUAGCUGCUUAGAAUACACAUGAGUUGACGUAUACUCCAUUACUUUGGAUCAUUUUUGUAGUUGGUUAAACGCCAUUGAGGUUAAUUUACCAAAAAAGGAAAACAAUCAACAGCUGUGUAACAAAGCCUACGAAAGGGCUUAUGACAAUAGGUGUAUUUUUGGAAUUAUCAAGAUCCUUAGUCUGGGAGGACGGUUAAUUCUACAAGAAAGCAUCAUAUACGAGACAAGGGCUUUGUGAGGAUCCAAGAGCUGGCUGGUAUUUAAUUAGCUGCAGGUACCUCUAAGCCCUGAUGGUGAGAUCAAGAGUGACGGUGUCGAUCAAGCCCUGCAGUGGCGUAAGCUGGAACGGG